CCCUACCCCCCUUUUUUCUCCCUCUUUCCUCCCUUUCUCUCUCCCUUCCUCCUCUCUUCUCCCUUCUCCCCCCCACCUCCCAAUUACUCCUUCCCCUGCUGAUGUCACUGAAAUGCUAAUGUUUUUCAUUUGGAGUAUCACUAAACUAUACAAUGUGAUGGGAUGCUCAGGGAAGAAGAGAGCUGUCCUAGGGGCAGCCAGAGAAUGCCAGCAUUUCUUGGUGGUGGUGAGAGGGGAGUGUAUCUCGCGAUGAGUGAAGCAACUAGACUACUCAGGAACUACAAGCUUACAGAUUAAUACAAGUAAGGACAGAGAUACAGUGUUGCCUGGCAUCUCUGGAAGGAAAAAAAAUGAAUCGGGCAACAAGAACUCAAGCUCCAGAGGCUAGUGAGAUGAUGAUGGGAAUGUAAGUCUGCAAGAAAGAACCUUCCCUGGCAGCAGGGACACAGAAAAGCUAGUCUUUGCUCCCCUUUCAAAAAAAAUCAAACGCUGAAAAAAGUCUUUUCCAAAAGCACUGGAUCCUUUUAAGGCAGAACUUUUUCCUCAAGCAGCAUCAAAAUGGGAAUCAUCGUGCAAAAUGUAACUGCAAGCACUGCCAUGGUGAUGUGGCCAACUGUGGCCAGCUGUGCUGACAGCUUCUACAGUAUCAUGUACCGCCCCAAUUGGGACAGCCUGCUGUCUGGAUACUCAAGGAAGAGCUUUCAGAGGGAAGAGAGGGUCCCUGCCAGCCAGUCCUCUUUUGUAAUUGAAAAUCUAACUCCCCUGACCAAGUACAUUCUUUGUGUAACCUGCCAAUCAGCAAAGCCAUCCAGUGACCAGUGCAGAAUUUUUCAGACAAAGGAACAAGAUCUGUCCUCCGUGAGCAACAGAAAGAAGGACCUGGCCUUGGGGAUCUGGCUAAUUAGCAGCGUUCUGCUCCUCAUCAUCGCCGGCAUUCUGCUCUAUGGGUGCCUGAACAUAUGGUGCCGUAAGAGGCAAGAACAGAACAGAGAUCUAAAUGGAAUGCCGCCAUCAAAUAGGAGAGAAGGCUGCAGAAAUCACGGUGGCAGGGAGCAGGGCGACCUGGAGAAGUCCAGCCAGCCGCUGGUUCCAAACCUUGAAGACCAACAGGCUGAUGAAGUCCAGCUUGAAACAAUAAAAGAAAAUCUCUCAACUCCUCUGGAACCUCCUCUGCUGAAAUGUAACCACCAACAGCUGUUGUCAGUGGCAGGCCAGACACCCCAUGUUCCUCAGCUAGGAGAGGGGAUGAUUUUGUAGGCACAGGAGUUCAAGAGCCUCAAUCAACCGCCAAAUCAUCCACAAGUAUUUAAGUGCCAGCUCUGUGUAAGGCACUGGAAACACAGAGAUGAAGAACAAAACCAUUCCUACUUGCAGUGAACUUACUUGGGGGGAAGACAUAAAAAGUGCAUACAAUAUAAAUAUAUUUAAUAAAUCCGA